AGAUUUACGUUAAAGGUGGUCAUGUGACUAACUUCUGUAAGCCAAAGAGGUUUGUUGUUAGCCAAUGUGUGACCCGUGAAAAUGGAGCCGUUUAGAAGGCUAGUGAACUGUUUUGUGUUUCUAUCUGCAGUAUGGGAUGUCGCUCAUUUGCUGGACGGUGGACUGCUCUUCCCCCGAGAGUCGUCGUCGCGGGAGAUCAAAGAGCUGAAUGGGCUGUGGGACUUCAGAGCCGACGUCUCCCACGACAGGAACUUGGGCUUUCAACAGGCAUGGUAUAAAAGUCGCCUUGCAGAGACCGGUCCAGUGAUUGACAUGCCAGUGCCUGCCAGCUACAACGACAUCACCCAGGAUCCCCAGCUGAGGGAUUUCAUUGGCUGGGUGUGGUAUGAGAGAGAGGUGUUGGUACCCUCACGAUGGGUAUCUGAUGAGGGAACCAGAGUCGUGCUGAGGGUUGGGAGUGCACACUACUACUCAGUGGUCUGGGUGAAUGGACUCAAAAUGACAGAGCACGAGGGUGGCCAUCUUCCCUUCGAGGCUGAGAUCGGCGAUGUCCUCCUCUACAGGUAUCCUGCUAACUAUGUUGUGCAAAACACAAACUUUGACUUCUUCAACUAUGCUGGUUUGCAUCGUCCUGUUCUACUGUAUACCACUCCUACGGCGUAUGUUGAUGACAUCACAGUGCUGACAUCCUUUGCUGACAACAUUGGGCUCAUCAGUUACCAGGUGUCAGUGCUGGGCAGUCUCAACUCCACGCUGAAGGUGACCCUGUCGGACAAAGAUGGCCACUCUGUGGCCUCCUCCACUGGACCGUCUGGGGUCCUCAAAGUGAUGGAAGUCAGCCUGUGGUGGCCGUAUCUAAUGCAUGAGAGCCCAGGAUAUCUGUAUUCUAUGGAGGUUCACAUGACGACAGCUAGCGAGGGUUCUGUCUGUGAGGAUGUCUAUGCUCUGCCUGUGGGAAUCCGCACUGUUCAGGUCACCAACACACAGUUUCUCAUCAACAGCAAACCCUUCUAUUUCCACGGAGUCAACAAACAUGAGGAUGCUGAUAUCAGAGGGAAGGGCCUGGACUGGCCCCUGAUUGUGAAGGAUUUUAACCUGUUGAAGUGGCUGGGGGCCAACUCGUUCAGGACCAGUCACUACCCGUACGCUGAGGAGAUCCUGCAGAUGGCAGACCGCCAUGGCAUUGUGGUCAUUGACGAGUGUCCCGGGGUGGGCAUCGCAGACAUACGUAGUUUUGGGAACGCCUCACUGUCUCAUCACCUGGUGGUCAUGGACGAACUGGUGAGAAGGGACAAGAAUCACGCCUCUGUGGUCAUGUGGUCUGUAGCCAAUGAGCCGGCCGCUGAGAUGCCUCCUGCUGGAUUCUAUUUCAAGACACUGAUAGCUCAUACCAAAUCUCUGGAUGUCACUCGACCGGUCACGUUUAUCACCGCUAGUAACUUUGCCAGGGACAAGGGGGCUCCCUAUGUGGAUGUGAUAUGUGUGAACAGUUACUUCUCCUGGUACAGUGACCCAGGUCACCCGGAGGUCAUCCCCUACCAGCUCAACACCCAGUUUGAGAACUGGUACAGGAAGUACCAGAAACCCAUCAUCCAGAGUGAAUACGGAGCUGAUGUGGUUCCGGGAAUGCACACGGAUCCUCCCAUGAUGUUCACUGAGGAAUACCAGAAAAUCGUGUUAAAAAACUACCAUGACGUGUUCGACCAGAAGAGGAAGGAGUAUGUCAUUGGAGAGCUCAUCUGGAACUUUGCUGACUUCAUGACGGCACAAACGGUGGCCCGUGUUGUGGGCAACAAGAAGGGAAUCUUCAGCCGGCAGAGGCAGCCCAAAGCUGGGGCCUUCCUCCUGAGGGAGAGGUACUGGAGGCUGGCCAAUGAGACGGGCCUGCUGCCCACCUGGUCCAGGUACCCCUGCUACCUGGCUACAUAUCCCUGAUACACCUGGGUCGUAUUCAUUAGCGCAGAACCCUGCACAUUAUAACAAAACAUUUCUAAAGGCUUUGCAACCCGAAAACAAAAACAAUAAUUUCUUAUUUGAUGAGUCCAGGUAGUCCUCUGUUUUGUUCCGUUUUGUGUCAUAACACCAACCUGUAUGACGCAGACGACUAGAAACGCUAUGAAGACACACAAUUACCAGAAACAACGGGAUCAAUGGCUGCGUUUACACAAGCAGCUCAAUUCUGAUAUUUGUUUCACUAAUUGGUCAAAUGACCAGAUCUGAUUUAGUGGAAGAAUGAUCAGAAUUGGUGUGCCUGUCUAAACGUACCUAUUCCUGUGCGACCCUCUGCUCAGACGUUGCUGACGCCUGGCAGAUCUCACAACGCCUGGGGGUAGCUAUUCUACCUAUCCGCUAACCACGUAUGUUAUAGCAAUGUCAAUGGGUGGAUUUGAUUAUGCGGAGCUGCAGGUCAACGGUCUAUGGCGCGUGAUGUGAACGAUCAAAAGCAGUAAGACGGAGUGUCCUUCUCAAAUCAAACAGUCAUCUGCGCUGUUCGUUCAUGUUAACUUUUCAUUCGGAAGGCAGAUCGUUUUAAAAAAUCAAUCACUUUUACAUGUGAAAACACAGAAUUCCUACGCAUGUCUUUAAUCUUUAACCUGUUCCAAAACAAAUGCAAUCAACUAUCACCUGGUGCAAAACACGCCUACCCGGGCCAGAUGAAUCAAAUGCCCUCAUUUGAGACGGUCGAUGACUUGCUACACAACCAUUGGUUACCACUUCUGUCUUGCCUCUUUUUUAUUUUUUUUUUGUAAUUCAGGGGAUCAACCAGUUGUAUACAUGAAUGUGAAUCAUGAUGCUGUUCAGUGUAAAUAAAUGGGAAUGUGAUGUAUGAAAGAAGGAA